AUGCCGGCUCAUGGCCGCGAGUCGACAGAGGCGGUGAUGGCGGGCAGCCUUUGGUCGUCCGCGGGUGACAUGGGGGCGCGCGUGCGCGCCCGCACGGACUCGAGCUGCACCGAGUACCUGCAGUCCGCGAGCACGGUGGACACGCCGAAGACGUCGUUCCAGGGCGGGCGGGACAAGACGAACUUCAACGAGCUGCGGAGCGCGCGCGACUUCCACGUGCACGGCGUCGUGAGCAAGUGCAGCUCCGUGGCGCUCGCGGCCGCGCGCAAGCGGGGCCCCUUCAAGUCCUGGGCCCACGUCCGCAAGUGCGGCGUCCUCGACGAGGCGCGGAUCCUCGCGCUCCAACGCCGCUUCAUCCUCUACCGCCCCGGGACGCCGCCGCCGCCGGACGUGAACGUCGCCACGGUGCACGAAAUCAAGACCGCGCUCGCGGACCUGCACGGCCGGCUCAACGUCGCCGAGGCGGUCGUCGCGAAUCGUGUCCUGCACGGCGACUAUGAGAGCUGGUUCGAUCUGCAACGGAGGCUCGACGAGCACGCCGCGCUCGGCGCGCAGCCGCGGAUCCGCGCGUUCGGCGCGAAGAAGCUCGAGCGGCUCCAGGCGCGCUUCGUCCUGCGCCCCCCGCCGCUCCCGGAGGAGGCGGGCCCCGCGGGCACCCACCCGCGCGUGAGCGAGGUGAGCUCGAUGCGGAGCAUGCUGUCGGACCACCGGCAGUUCCUCGCGAAGCAGACGUCGAUGCGGGUCGCGAAGCCGGCGUCGGUGGCGCGCCUCGGCCGCGAGGCGAGCAGCUCACCAAAGGCCAAGGUUGGGUUCUGGUCGUCCUGCUUCGGCCUGCACGGCGCGUGA